AUUUUUUUUCCUUUGCAAAAUUUGUAUUAUUUCAGAUGACACCAGCACCCAGAAAAAAGAAUUCACACAGACGAGAAACAGGAGAUAAUCAACAAACAUUUAAAAAAAAUUUCAAAUCAAAUUCAGAAACUAAUGUAAUUGAAAAUAAAGAUACUGUGAAUAUUCAAGAAGUAUGUUCAGAUACUAGUAAGGAAGGGAAAAGAUAUGCUAAGAGAACCGUUGAAAGCAAUUGGUCUAAAUAUGAAGAACCUGCCAUAAAUCCGUUAGCUGAUCAAUUGCGGGGAGUUGAUUUUGAAGUAGCUUUGAGCUAUUCCGGAGGUUCUGAAUCUCAGUUGCAGUUACAAAAUGAGAAAGAUUGGGAUGAUAUAAGUAGCUAUGAAAAGUAUGUUGCUAUAGAUUUUCAAGAUUUAGCACUGGCAAUAAAGUGCAUUCCUUUCCAUAACAGAUUUAAUUUGCCUGAGGAUAUUUUUAAUGAACAACAAGUAUCAGGUUUUUGUGCUAGUGCGGCAGGUUCAAGAAAAUUAUAUGAAACAAAUCUGUCAAAUGUUGGGAAAAAGCUAGUAGAAAUUCAACCUGUGGAAAGCCAGAAUCUCAUUGAAAGCUGUGAAGCAGAAGAAAUAGAAGAUAGUAUUACCAAACCGUUUGCAAUAGAAGAGAAAACAGAAAAUAUGUUAGAAUCAUUAGCUUCCACUUUAUCAUUGAAGAAUUGGAUACAAGAAACAACUGAUAAUGUAAAUAUUAAACCAAAGGAAGAAACUUCAAAGGCUGCUGAUGAUUUAGAUUUCCUGCUAUCCUUAAGCAUUACACCAAAAAGUGUAGUGAAUGAUGAAAAGGUUAUCGAAAAAAAGAGUCCAAAUGUUGAUGACUGGUUGAACAGUAUUCUUGAUGAUUAACAGAGAAAUAAAUUUUUGAAAAGUACAUUUCUCAUAUAGUCUAAUGGAGCAAUUGUAUUAUUGGAAAAAUAUUUAAUGUUGGCAUUUAUAUAAAAUGAUAUUUAAUAAAUUAUUGAUGAUAAAA